CCAUCACCGUUACAGUUGAUAGCAUGAUCUUAAAAAACAGACUAGGUACUACUACAAUUACUGUGCACUGUGCAGAACUGUCUAGUUAGUUGUCCGUGUUCGUUAGAAGCAAACAUCCGCAUCACAACCCUUAGAAAAGAGAUUAAAGAAGACCUUAUUUUCCAGACAAACGUGGAGGCUGUUAUAACUGUUAAAUAAACAAUUUUGAGUACCCUAUAAUGUGUAACGUAUAGUAACCCUGCGAUUGUGUAUGUGUGUAACCAAUUACCAUCGCACGCCGAAUACUUAUAGAUUUUAAUACAAAUCUAACCAUGUGCCGUAUGAUAUGUAUGUUAGUCACUGGAUAUCUUUGCUUCGUUUAACGUGUUUUUUGUGUGAUUAUUGUUAUUAUGUAAAUCGAGUUUGUUACGAAUUUCUUGUACGGCUAUUGUUAUAUAUUAUUUAUUUGUACUUUUUUGCGAUUUUUCAUUAUUAUUGUGUGUAUAUUGCUUUUCUGAAAUGUCGAUCCGACCAGAUAUUAAUUCUCAAACCAAGAAAACCAUUUAUAACGUGUACAAUUUUUUUAAAACGUUGGCCAACAAAAAGGAACAGCCAGAAGUGGCAAAUUUUUUCCGAAAAUGUCAAGAGAGGACGGCAGAGGCUUGUGCGAAAAAUUAGGUGUCGGAAGUUCUAAGGGCAUUAAAUUUCGAUCACCUAGAAAACAUUAUAGUCGUGACAAACCUAUUACUAAACUUGACGAUUUCGAAAGUGAAGAGGUCAGAAGGUUGGUCCACAGCUUUUAUGAUAAGGGAGAAUUUCCAACAAGUGCAAAAAUAUUAGAAGCAUUGCGAGAAAAAAAUAAUUAUGAAGGGUCGAAAUCAUCAGUGAAAAUCAUUUUGAAAAAACUUCAUUUUAAAUUCAAAAGGUGUAAUGACGGUCGUAAAUAUCUAAUGGAACGGUCGGACAUAGUAGCUGCGCGCUUAAAAUUUCUUCGUAAAAUGAACAAGCUUCGAACAAAUGACGAUACUCGGCCAAUAAUUUAUCUAGACGAGAUCUGGGUUAACCAAAACCAUACUCGGGGACUUAUUUGGCAAAACCAGGAAAAUAUAGAGGGUUCAAAAGUAUCUACAGGGAAAGGCAAUCGCCUUAUUGUUUGUCACGCUGGGUCUCCUUCCUUUGGUUUUAUCAAAAAUGCAAAAUUAAUUGUCCGCUGUAACUCUGGCAGUACCAAAGGUAAUCAUUCACAGAUGAAUGCUACAAUUUUUGAAAAGUGGUAUUUAAAGAUGUUAAAGAACUUGGAAGAGCCCAGUAUUAUUAUUAUGGACAACGCGCCAUAUCAUUCAUCAUUACUAGAAGAUUACCCGAAAUCAAAUAGUAAGAAGACGGAUGUUCAGCAAUGGUUGCGUGAAAAAAAUAUAGACUUUUCUCCUGUAGAAACUCUUGAUGAGUUACGGGCGAAAGUCAAACUUGCGAUGCCGCGUGAAAAAAUUUACAAGUUAGAUCAAUUGACACACCAAAUGGGACAUGAAGUGGUAAGGCUUCCACCUUACCACUGUCAGUAUAAUCCCAUAGAAUUAAUUUGGGCACAAUUAAAUGGGCGAUUGGCUGAAGAAAAUUCUACAAUUAAAAUUGAUGAUAUCGAGGCACUUGUAAAUAAAGAAAUUGACUCAGUAACUGCUGAUGACUGGGCCAAAUAUGGAGAACGUUGCGCAAAACUUCAAGAGGAGGAUUUUCAUAGAGCAGUACUGAGGGACGAAGUAUUAUUAGAGCCAAUAACUUCAUCUAUUUAUCCAGACGACAACAGUUCGAGCGACGAUGAUGACGACGAAGACGAUGAGUAGAUUUUUAUGAUUAUUAUUAAAAUUCGAAAAAAAUUGUAAAUAUUUUGAAUGUUACUAUUAUUAUUUUAAGUUUGAUUAUGUGAUAAUAAAUUAAUAAUGAAUGUGUAAUACAGAACUUCAGAAGUAUAAAA